AUGCUGAAAGAGCUGAUUGAUGAGGACGAUUUUUGUAAAAAGCUGAGGAUGUCUAAAGAGGCAAAUACUAAGGCCGGGUUCUAUUCGCUUUUUUAUAUUUUACUACACGAUCCAUCUCUACAAGUAUUGGAAAGUCUUCUUUCUAAUUACACACUGCAAGAUGUCGUAAACGGUCUUAAGCAUCUUAUUAAGUUCAAGUUUGAUAGGCUGACUAAAGAUGCCUAUGCAAACAUACUCUUUGUAGUCCGAAUGAUGUUAGACUAUGAAGAGAACAUAGAUACGCUAAUUAUAAAUCUUUUACGGCAUCACUUGGUCGAGGAGGUGUAUUCUAUGUACAAAGAUAAAUCAAGGUAUUUCAGCAAUCAUCCAAACAGUCUAAUGUUCUUGAUGUUUUUCUGUGCACAAAGCAAUUCAAAAAGAGAUGCUUUUGAGGAUUCCAACUUCACCACACGGGAUUUUUUAUUCACAACUGUAAGAGAGAUGAUUACAAAUCCACACUUUGAUGAAUAUAAAAAGAAGAGGGCAAAGAAGAUGUCGAAAAGUGCGAGCCCAGAAUAUCCUGACUUUCCAUUUGCUUCAUAUUUUUCCUCGAAGCAACUUCUUCAGACACUGCUCACGCCUACACCUUUAAACAUCCUGUCUUCUCAGCUUUCUGUGGAGCUCGAAAUGAAUAUUAUGUUUAUCUUAGAACACGAGCAAAACUUCAAGUUCCAUCUGGGUCUCCUCUUCAGAAACUAUAUAAGAAACGAGGACGAUGCAUGCAGAGCCCUCAGGUUUAUUGUGAAUAUUCCAUAUCCACAGAAUAUUGCAAGGUUGGCCAAUUCGAUUUUAGAUAAAUAUCCGUCAUCGUAUCUUGCGCUGAUAUAUGACAUGCUGUUUUGGAAUCAAAAGGAGAAGCUGAAUGGAAACCUGGUAGAAUAUCUAAGGGGAAGUAACAACAAAAUCACAGCAAAGCUAGAUUCUCUACAAGAAGAGUGGGAAGCGUUGAGACUAGCCAUGGAGAGUAUUAAGAGGAAGCAAGAAAACACAGUGGAGGAUGUGAUUAGGAUGAUCCAUGGCCUCAACUUUCAAAAAUAUUUUGGCCUAAUCAAAGAAAUGGAAAAAUGGGGAACACCUAUAGUUCCAAGAGAAAUGUAUGACAGAAUCAUAGGGGAGUCAUCUGAGUGGGACGGAUAUGCACAAGUCUAUUUAUGGAAAAUAAUAGGAUUCCAAAAAAUUUAUCUAGGAUUUGAUGUUGAUACGCCCAGAAGAAUAGAGAGUCUAGAGGCACUAGAAGGCUUCGAAAUUGUUAGAAAUCUUUUGAGCAUUAAAAAGAAGCCGUAG